AUGACUCUGACUCGUGGUGGUGCUGGAUUACCUGCUGGUCUUGCCCUGACCAAGCUCAUCCUCUUCUCGUUCGCUCGAUUUCCUCUCCUCUAUGCCGCGCCACUGACAUCCUCGGCCGUCGGGAAGCUCGCUCAUGUUCCACCGCCCCCAGAUGAAUUCCACUUAUGGCUCUACCUCAGCAUUGCUGCAGCACUCGUCCUCAGCGGCGGUGCCUUUGCCGGACUGACUAUCGCUCUCAUGGGCCAGGAUGAAAUCUACCUUCAAGUUAUACAGACCUCCGGUGAAGAAGUAGAGAGAAAACAAGCCUCAAAAGUUCUCGAGCUGUUGAAAAAGGGAAAACAUUGGGUGCUCGUCACACUCCUGUUGAGCAACGUUAUCGUGAAUGAAACACUUCCCAUCGUCCUGGAUCGGUCUCUCGGUGGUGGUUGGCCUGCGGUCAUCGGCAGUACCGCUUUGAUUGUCAUCUUCGGAGAAGUCGUCCCCCAGUCAAUCUGUGUCCGCUAUGGGCUGCCCAUCGGAGCUUGGAUGGCACCGGCCGUCCUUUGUCUUAUGUACAUCACCUCCCCUCUCUCAUACCCCAUCGCAAAGCUUCUCGACAGACUCCUCGGCGAAGAUCAUGGGACGUUUUAUAAGAAAGCUGGCCUGAAAACCCUCGUUACGCUACACAAGAAUCUCGGCACAGCUGGCGAGCAGCUGAACUCGGACGAGGUUACCAUCAUCAGCGCCGUUCUGGAUCUCAAGGAAAAAUCUGUUGGCAGCAUCAUGAUCCCAAUGCAAGACGUCUUCAUCAUGUCGGCUGACACUGUUCUCGACGAACAAAUGAUGGACCUUAUCCUCUCCCAGGGAUACUCCCGCAUCCCAAUCCAUGCUCCAGACAACCCCCAAAACUUUGUUGGCAUGCUGCUGGUCAAGAUGCUGAUCACCUACGAUCCCGAAGACUGCAAAAGAGUCCGCGACUUUGCCCUUGCCACCCUCCCAGAGACCAGAGCAGAAACAAGCUGUCUUGACAUUGUCAACUUUUUCCAAGAAGGCAAAGCUCAUAUGGUCCUGGUUUCCGAUUAUCCGGGAGAAGAUCAUGGCUGUCUCGGCGUUGUUACACUCGAAGACGUUAUCGAGGAGCUUAUUGGUGAAGAAAUCAUCGACGAAUCCGAUGUCUUUAUCGACGUUCACAAAGCAAUUCGCAGAAUGGCUCCAGCACCCAAAUUCAACUUUCCAAAGGGACAUUUCGUCGAAGUACCUCCAUCCGCUCACGAUAUCGGAGUAGAAACCCUCACCACCACCCGUACGGCAGACAGCGAACAGCACAGCGAACAACAUACCCAAAUACCAAAAAUCACCACCCAUGUCGGAUCUCCUCCUCCACCCACAUUCUACCUGCGACAAGCUCCUGUCGUUAACAAACCAGACGGCGCCAGCAAACCCAUUAUCCAAAGAGGUGCCACAGCCGAGAUCAAAGAACAGCUUAAACAUCUCGGGCCAUCAAACCUCGCAAGCCGCCCUCGCCACACCCGCUAUAAUGCGCCCCUCAGCGGCCGUGACUCCUAUGACUACCAUACAUUACACUCAGACGCGCAUCCAUCCGAGUCAGACAGCCUCCUGGUGAAAACCAACAGCGAACGCGCAGUCAACCUCAAGGAGCCCACAUCAUAUGGUGCUACUACAGGCCAUCCUAAUCGCCCAUAUUAUCUACCUCAUUCCGCCACAGAACCAACUAUCGGACAAGGCAAUACAGCCGCCCCUCGCACAUCAUCACCAUCACAACAAACACAAAACGCAAACAACGCGGCGAGCGAAGACUCUCCAGCCACAGUACAUGGCCCUUCUCCAUUAUCCAAAAACGGAACUCGUUCACCGAGUGCCAAUUCAGACACACCAUCUUCAUCCACAAUUUUCCACCCACGCGGCCCUACAAGAAGUGGCAGCAUAACCGAACAAGUCGUUGACAUCCACGGUAUCCGCAAGGUCGUCUUACAAACAAGCGACCGCAAUCUCUCCGAAUGCGACAGCAACCAUAGCGGCCGUCCUUCAUCAUCGUCACAAGCAAGUGAUACCAAAUCCGGUGAUCUAGAAGACACCGCCAACGAUCAAUCGACUCAUCAACCCAACGGAUCAAGUAGCGCUUCCGGCAAGAAGAAGCGAAGACGCAAACGAAAAGCUACAGGAUCAUCGAAACAUGACGAUCGGAAUGACGAAUCACAUCACCUUUUAGAUUAA